AUGGCUCAAAACAAGAUUCUCUAUUCCGCAAAGCUCGACAAGAACAUGCAAAGAUCAGCCUACUUCAAAACGAACAAGCAAACUGUCAAAUCAAACAUCAUGCUUAAGUUUGUAACAAAAGCGAUGGAUAUCAAGCUUCGAGGUGAAGCCGAUUUCACGACUACUCUUGAAGAUCCAAUCAAACUCUUGAAACGUAUUGAACGAUUCAUGAAGAAGAGUGCUGAUGCUGAGUAUGACUUCUUAGAUUUCUGGGAAGCCAAUCAAAAGUUCUUUGCUAUGAAGCAAGGAACAACCGAAAACUUGAUGCAUUUCAAGGAACGAUUCUUGAGACAGGCUGAAGUCCUGCAAGAUCUAUAUGGCGUUGCCUGGUUCCAAAAUUUUGCAG